AUGGCUCCACUUUUCGAGGACGACAACGACAGCGACGAAGACGGACAGGACAUCUUCAAGUCCGAAGCGAGCGACGACGAGAGUGAAUACGACGAAGACGAGAGCGAAGAGCUCGUUCCGCCGAGCGCCUAUCGAAUGACAGCUUCCAAUACAAACGAACAGCAGCCAUUAAAAACAAAAAAACAAAAGGCAGAAAGUGGGACAUUUGUGGGUCGGCAGCAGUCCACUGCCAAUGCAAAUGCUGUUGUGGCUUCGAAGGGACAGGUGAAGCUCGCGACACUGGAGGCGGAAGUCCAGUGCAUCAUUUGUCGCAACGCUUUGUUCAAGCCAGUGUCAGUCGUCUGUGGACACUCGUUCUGUCGCGUGUGUCUUCUGGACUCGUUGUUGACAAGGCCGCUCGAAGAGGCGCAAUGUCCGAUCUGCCGCGUUGACAUUUUGCUGCCGUUCUCUGCCAAAGCGACGUUAGCGUCGAUGUUUUCCAUCAACGUCACAUUGUGGAAUCUCGUACAGCUUCUGGUUCCGUCAGUCACGGAGAGAAAGCUGACUCAUCAACGCGAAGAAGACCGAGACUUUGUGCAAAAGCUGGACCAGCUGGACACGAAGCGGAAGAUCUCAACACUUGGCGAGAGAGCAGCACGCUAUCACGGAGAUGCAGGGCACGAGACGUCGGUAGGCCGACGGGAGGAAGAUCGUGAAGGUCACGAAGAGUACCCCGUGCUCAAAGUUGAAGACACGGACGAUGGUGAGUUACACGUCUCACGCAAUGUAGUGCUCGACACGAACGACGAAAACGAAGACGGGUAUGCAAACAUGCGUGUCGGGAUCGCGAUCGUGGAGUUUCCGAGUAUUUUUGAAUCAUUCAACGAGCACCAGGAGUGCUCGGUGAAUGUCCUCAAGAUGGAGGAAGACGAAGAGAUCGCGGAUGGGAUGCCAUUUUUCAUGAACGAGGACGGCGACGACGACGGUUUGGUUUGUAGUUCCUACUACAACGAAGUCCGUCUCCGUGUCUGCGACGAAGCGGGCAACUGCGUGAUGGAGCGAACGCGAGGAGCAGAGGCGGGUGCAGUGACAUUUCCAGCUUUGCGGCUUGACGUUCCUGGUGGUGUGUACACGUUUUGCUUCACGGACGACCUGUACGGUCUGAAGCUCAGCAUCACGACCCGUUUGCGUGAGCCGCAUGAGAUCACCGACACGCCUGUGGCCGACUACGUCAGUCUCAUCCAUGAUGAGGCGAGAGACGCAAGUCGCCGUAGUCGUCAUACACGUUUGGACAGCGACAGUGAACGCGAAUUCAGUGAAGAAGCAAACGAGUCAGACGACUCCUUUAUCGUGAACGACCUCGAUGAAAACGAGCAGCUCAGUGACAACUCGGUGUGCGACGAAACUGAAGGCUGCUGGAAGUACCAUAGCGACGACGAAGCGGCAGAUGAAGCAGAAGCACGACACCGGGCGAGGAAGCGACAGCGUUCGGGUCGACGGUCGGAACGAGACGGUCAAGGUGAGCUGAAUGAUUGUGACGCGGAGGAACGGGGCGUGGAAAGUGAUGGUGAAGGGCGAACAGAACGCCGUGCCGUUCAAGUUGUGGAAGACGGCGCGUUUUCCGUCGACGAAGAUGCUGACCGGGAGGAUCACAAUGACAUCGAUGCUGCCGAAGAAAGCAACACUGACGAGGAACAGCGUGACGUUCACGAAAUUACUCGUCCACGUCGGCGAAAUGCAAAUCAGAUCUAUGACAGCGACGACGAAGACGACGAAGGUGAAGGUGUGCAUGCAUCAUUCCGAGAGCAAAGCAGCGAUGAAGAUGUAGAUGCACUAGUGGACGAAGAUGACGUCAGUAGUGGUGCAGUGAGCGAAAGUGACGAAGAUUGUGGAGGCCGUGACUAUAGGCACGUCAAGAAGUACUCAAGUAUUUCUGUGGACGAUCAUCAGAGCGAAGAGGACGACGCAGUUGCAUUCGGAUGUGGUAACAAAGUGCAGAGACUCCGAGACGACGAAUUGGACGAAACAGCUCAACACGUUGGGUCGAGUUCAGCUUCUCGUCCGGAUGCGAACGACAAAAGUCCUGAGAGAAGACCACGAAAACGGGCCCGAAAAGCUCAAGUUGGCAAUGAAGCCACGAGUGACAAGGAGGUCAAGCAAGUGGAGCGCUCGAGAAGUGGAACAGUAGCAGAGACGGAGCAUGUUCACGACGCCAAUGUUGAAGCUGAAGACGCCUGCGUUGAUUUGCAACAACGGCCAUCGGAUCAGUCAGAUGACGAAUUAGAGGAUGAAGCGGGUCGUGAAGCUGACAAUCUAUUGCAAGAAGGAGAAGAAGAAGAUAGUGAAGAAGCAAAUCAAAAAGUGAAUGACGAAGAAGAAGAAGAGAAUGAAGCAAAAGGUUAUGGACAAGAAGAUGGAGACGAAGAAGAGGACUACGAUGAUGAUGAUGAUGGAGAAACUAAUGAAGAUGACGGAGAAGAAGGAGUAGGAAAUGAAAAAGACGAAGAGGAAGAAGAGAGUGUGGAAGAACGCACAGAAAAAGAAGAAGACGACGACGACGCAAUGGACAAUAAAUGA